AUGGAUACCGAAGACAGCCCCGGGAUCCCCAGAUCCAGCAAACGGCGCCGUCUGAAUUUCGCAUGCAAUUACUGUCGGAGUCGCAAAACGCGCUGUGAUGAGCAGCAGCCCUCUUGUCAGGCUUGUAUUCUCGCCGGAGUUACCUGUGUAACGGAAGAUAGGCGCAGACCGGGCAAGGUGAUUAAGAGACGAGAAGCCGGAAAGUCAACGGAUGGAGGAUCUGUUACGUCUGCGAGUCCGUCGGAGUAUGGAUUACAGACUGGGGUUGUGGAUAGGAGACAUUCUGUUGCUGAGCCGAGGACCAUUGAGGUUAAUGUUACUGGGCCAAUUCGCGCGAGAUCGCAGAGUCCAAGACCGUCACAGAGUAGAGACUCUUCUCACACUGACACCAUCAGCAACCCGUUACCUAUAUGGCGACAAAGCGCCGGCACCACGUCUUUCCAGAUAUUGACGGAAUGGCUCGACCUGGCUUGUUUCCGGCUGAGCAUCCCUUACCAUUUUGGCUCGUAUCCCCCGUCUACGCUAAACCCACAAUCGGCAUCUCAGCCCCAGCACGGAAUCCCGAUCACGCCCGAGACAUGGGUGCCCCAGACUCUGUUCGAUGCGUAUGCGAGGGAGAUACAUAUGUUUUACCCUGUUGUGAGGCUCGACCAGGCUCGUGCCGAUGUAGUGCAGUCUCACCCAGGGAACUUGACGUCUCAUGCUGUCGAUAUUGCAGCGUUGAGAAGCCACCUGCUUUUCGCUGCGGGGGGAUGUAUUCUCCAGCAUACCGAGCGAAAGACUUAUAUGGCUGAAACACUUUCUCUAGCCCGCAACGCGCUGGGCUAUCUCAUCGAAAAUGUAUCAUAUGAUACCAUUGAAGUCCUCUUUCUCUUCUCAGUGUGUCUCCGCCUAAACGACGAAAUCAUUUCAGCCUGGACAACGCUCGGUAUCUGCCUCUCUAUAGCCCAUUCACUUGGUCUCAACAAGCCUGGAAAGAAUAGGAAGAAACCACUGGAUCUCGAUGCUUGGAAUCCUGCGUGGUGGGCUCUAUACAGCUACGAGAAGCUGUUCUCGUUCCAGCUUGGAUAUGUGUCAACUAUCUCAGAUGAUGCAUUCGACACCUUGGAACUAGAUGUUAUCAAGUCCACUGCCCUUGAGCCGUCGCGAAUCGCGCUAUCGAUGGCGAGUGUGUUUAGCAAGAUGAGUCGUCGGUGUGCUACGGCAAGACAACUUGAGGAGAGAGCUAGCAGAAGAGCUCUUGAGGCGGUGGUCAAAGAGAAGGUUACGAGCACUGGAGAGGCAUUUCUGAUGUUGACGAACUGGGCUAAUAGUGUCCCUGCUGAUAUAAGACCUACCUCGGACUUUAUGCGCGUCCCCGACAACCUGGGCCUCGCAUCAUUUGUGUCUCUACACUACCAUAACGCCCUCAUAAUGCUGAACCGCAACUCUCUUCUGAUCAGCAAAAACGCCCUGCACAUGGCAGUAGAGAUCAUCGCCAAAGAUACACCAUGGGAGUACCAGAUCCGCAACGGGCAAUCGAUGGUCGCAAACUCCGCGCGAAAGAUAGUUCAUCUUCUCGCUGACAACGACGAUUCGGCGUCGCAUCUUUUUGCACCGGCUUACUUCCCACUGCUUCAUGCUAUGUAUGUCCUGGCUGUUCAUAUUCUGAAACAGCCUCAUUCGCGUGUUUCAAAAAUUGAUCAAAGUCUUCUUGUAACCGCUGCGGAUUUGGUCCGCUGCUACUGUGUUGGCAUCAGUGAGGAAGAUCGUCUGAACACCAUUUUAAACGGUCUUCUUCGUGUUGUCCAAGAAGCUAUGAAACCUAUCCCUGCACCAAACGAUAACGACAGCAACACUCCCGCUCUCAAUUCAUCAACAAGCCUGUCCGAUCAGAAUGUUACACCUUUGACCGAUCAACAAACAUUCACAGAGGUCGUUGGCCCUGCACUCGCAAGCAAUCCUCCUUUCUCGAUAGAUGAGGGCAUACUAGAUCCCUUCUCGGGUCAGCCAUUCAAUAUGCCCAUACUACCUGAUGAGAUUGGCUGUGACUGGGCUGAUUUUGAGAACUUAUUGCAGAGACUUGAGAACGAGGGGUCUUUGUAUCCCACAGAUGAAGGAAUGAUUAUUGAUAUAUAG